AUGAGCAAUUCGUGGAUAAACUACGUGUACAAGCAGUUCACUGGAGAAGAAGACAAUGAAUGCGCAACCAGCUCAUUGGAUGUCCUUUCUAAAGCCAAUAUUUGGUUCACAGAUCUUCCAACAAAUAACUUAGGUCCGAUUGAGGAAUCAUUCGGGGCGCGCAAGAUGACUAAAAAGGGUAAGAAGGAGAAAGAAUUGGAGGAAAAGAUGGCAGUCCUUGAACAACAAUACCAAGAGAGAGAGAAAGAACUCCUAAAAAGGAACUCUGCCUUGGAAAAUCAACUGAAAGAAUCACGUGAUAAAAUGGACGAUCUACGCAUUCAGCAUGAAAAGGAAAACGAGUCUCUCCGGACUGAAAUUAAAGACUUGAAGGACACUCUACUUAGGAGAGAAAAGUGUCAUAGUAAUUUAAACAUUUGCCAUGAUUUUUCCUGUUGUUACCUGACUUUGAAUAAAAAUGAAUUUAUUUUCCAUUUUUCAUUAUGA